GGCGGAUGACGCGGAACCAGACUUUUUUGUCAUCAUGGAUCCGACCUGCUGUGACGCCGUGGCUCCACCCGGUCUGACCGUCCAGGUGUGUUUUCCGGGUGUCCGUGCUGCUGUUUUGGACAAUCUGAACCAGCAGCGUGAGGAAGGCCGGCUGUGUGAUCUUUCCAUCCAGGUUCAAGGCCAGGUGUUCAGAGCCCAUCGCUGCGUGCUCGCUGCAUCCUCGCCUUACUUUCACGACCAGGUGUUACUGAAGAAUGUUACAACCGUGUCCCUUCCUUCCGUCAUGGACCCAGUUGCCUUUGAGAGCGUCCUAAGUUCUGCCUAUACGGGCCAGCUGAGCAUCAUACACGAUGACAUCGUCAACUAUGUCACUGUGGCCAGCUUCCUUCAGAUGUGGCACAUUGUGGACAAAUGCACUGAGAUCCUGAAGAGGCCGCGUCCAUCAGGAGAAGUCGCCGGUGCUCCGCCCGGGUCUGCGUCCCGUCAGCAGUCACCAAGCAGCACCGAGUGCCUGUAUGCAGAGCGGGAAGCCCGUCGGAGGGAGAGGAAGCCAGAUGCCUUACCUCCGUUGGCUACGUGGAGACGGCCGCAACAGGUGAUGAGAUGGAGUCGACUUCGGCCAUCAUCACAGCAGCACUUGGCCGACUCCCAGCUGGACGGAUAUGUGGAGAGGGACCCCUCCAGCUGUCAGGGGGAAUGGAUUUCAAGUUCUCCUAAAACCGGCCCUCCAAGUCAUGAUGGACCGGGCCAGACCAGCCGACACCAUGUGGGGGUUCCUGCUGUGGAGGCAAUGAAGCAGAAGCUCAGGUUCCAACAGCGUGGAGCACCACAGAGCAGAGAUGGUAACGAGGCGCAGGACAGGAGGAGGAACAUCAGGAGAGAAACGGAAGCAGAUGAAGGAGUUGGAGACGGAGAGGUGGAGACGAAGGAAGGCUUCACACAGAUGGAUCAACGUGUUUCAGACGAUGGUGAGGAUGCUGUGGGUGCUGCUGGGAGGCAGAUUGUGGAGGUGAUGAAGGAAAAGGUUCCUUCCUCUCACUUUCAUAAUGGACCGGAUGUAGGAGGUCCAUCAUGUCCGGCUUCAGGCAAGCUCCAGUUUCCAAGCGGGUCCUGGUUUCUGCAGGAACAGAUACGUCAGGGAGGUGAGGAUGAAGAUGAGGACGAUAAUGUUGACUUUGAAUGUUUCGGCUCCUACGAUGAGAUCGAGGAUGGGACGGGACAGGUUUCCCAGAGGCCCCUGCUGUCUCCGGUCUUCAGCAUGGGGACCUCAGAAGUGAACUGGCCGUCCACCAGCGGAGGUCAGGGUGGCGCUCUGACUCCCAGCUCAUCUUCUGCUGCAUUUCCCCCUCCUCCUUCACCUCCAACACCAUCAUCAUCAUCCUCCUCAGUGUCCAUCUCUGGUGCCGCCUACACAGGAAAGGUCCACUUCUGCCACUGUGGGAAAGCAUACACCCUGAAGAGUAUGCGUGACCGACACGUGAAGAUGCAGCACCUUAACCUGCGCCCCUUCGGGUGUCCUGUUUGCACAAAAUCCUUCAAGAUGAAGCACCAUCUGACGAAGCACCUUAAAACUCACGGAGGGCUGCGGCCGUACGAGUGCAGCCUGUGUGGGAAGAAGGUGAUCUGGAGAGACAGCUUUCUGAGGCACCAGGCCCGGUGUGAGAGGCUCGCCUCCUCCAGCAACAAUACGAAUGCGGUGGACCUGGAGGACGGAUACGGGUUUGGAUUCGAUGAAGGGGAAGCAUUUGUCCCAACAGGACAAGUGAAGGUAGAGGAGGGGGAGUUUCAUCGGGACCUGGACGAUGGGAUGGGUGGGCUACUGGGGAACGUGUCUGAGAUGGAGCUCGGAGCGCAGCCUCAGAAUCUGGACUCCGUUAGUCAUGUUUUUAAGGAGGAGGCAGCAGAGCGCCUCAGUGAGAGUUAAACAUCUCUGGGACUAAAGCUCCAUCUGGAUCCCUUUUAAUCAGCUCAUCUUAUUCCACAGUAACAGGAGAUCAGUCUGCUGCUCCUGUAGGUUGUCCUUCAUUUAGUAUUUUUCUGGACGUUUCCAAGCUCUUCUGUGAAUGUUCUCUUUAGAAAGGAAAUUAAUUUGCAUUUUGCACAUAAGUUAUUUGUCGUUUGUCCGAACUGAAAUAAACAGAUUAAAACAUUUUCCUGUCA